AUGAGCCUGGAAAUGAAGGAAGCUGCUACAGAGCUAAGCCUUUCUGUGGCAGAAACUCCCAAGGAAAGAUUCAUGAGUGAUGGUCCCUCUGCCUUCAAUUGGAGAGAAGUCUGCAAAAUGCCUGAGAGUAUCCAAACUGAAGAGAAACUAUAUGACUAUAAUCAAUGUGAGAAGGCUUUUACAUGUAAGAACAGUCUUGUUAUGCAUAGAAGAAUCCUCCAUGGAGAAAAACCUUAUGAACAUAAUCAAUGUGAGAAGGCUUUUAGAGAGAAGGGAUGUCUCAUUGCACAUCAGAGAACACACACGGCAGAGAAACCUUAUGAAUGUAAGCAAUGUGGAAAGGCUUUUAGAGAUAAGCGCAGUCUUGUUUCACAUAGUAGAAUCCACACUGGAGAGAAACCUUAUGAAUGUAAUCUAUGUGGACAAGCUUUUAUAGAGAAGGUUCAUCUUAUUGCACAUCAUAGAACACACACUAGAGAGAAACCUUAUAAAUGUAAUCAAUGUGGAAAGACUUUUAAAUGGAAACAUAAUCUUGUUACACAUAGAAGAAUCCACAGUGGAGAGAAACCUUAUGAAUGUAAGCAAUGUGGAAAGGCUUUUGCACAGAAAGUCAGUCUUGUUAGCCAUGAAAGAAUCCACACAGGAGAUAAACCUUAUGAAUGUAAGCAAUGUGGAAAGGCUUUUCAAUGGAGGGAAAGUCUUAUUACACAUCAGAGAAUCCACACUGGAGAGAAACCUUAUGAAUGUAAUCAAUGUGGAAAGACUUUUAAAUGGAAACAUAAUCUUGUUAAACAUAGAAGAAUACACAGUGGAGAGAAACCUUAUGAAUGUAAGCAAUGUGGAAAGGCGUUUCAAUGGAGGGAAAGUCUUAUUACACAUCAGAGAAUCCACACUGGAGAGAAACCUUAUGAAUGUAAUCAAUGUGGAAAGACUUUUAAAUGGAAACAUAAUCUUGUUAAACAUAGAAGAAUACACAGUGGAGAGAAACCUUAUGAAUGUAAGCAAUGUGGAAAGGCUUUUCCACAGAAAGACAGUCUUGUUAGCCAUGAAAGAAUCCACACAGGAGAGAAACCUUAUGAAUGUAAGCAAUGUGGAAAGGCUUUUCAAUGGAGGGGAAGUCUUAUUACACAUCAGAGAAUCCACACUUUAGAGAAACCUUAUGAAUGUAAUCAAUGUGGAAAGACUUUUAAAUGGAAACAUAAUCUUGUUAAACAUAGAAGAAUCCACAGUGGAGAGAAACCUUAUGAAUGUAAGCAAUGUGGAAAGGCUUUUGCACAGAAAGUCAGUCUUGUUAGCCAUGAAAGAAUCCACACAGGAGAGAAACCUUAUGAAUGUAAGCAAUGUGGAAAGGCUUUUGCACAGAAAGUCAGUCUUGUUAACCAUGAAAGAAUCCACACAGGAGAGAAACCUUAUGAAUGUAAGCAAUGUGGAAAGGCUUUUGCACAGAAAGUCCAUCUUGUUACACAUGAAGGAAUACACAGUGAGGAGAAACCUUAUGAAUGUAAUCAAUGUGGAAAGACUUUUAAAUGGAAACGUAGUCUUGUUACACAUAGAAGAAUCCACAGUGGAGAGAAACCUUAUGAAUGUAAGCAAUGUGGAAAGGCUUUUCCACAGAAAGUCAGUCUUGUUAGACAUGAAAGAGUCCACACUGGAGAGAAACUUUAUGAAUGUAAGCAAUGUGGAAAGGCUUUUCAAUGGAGGGAAAGUCUUAUUACACAUCAGAGAAUUCACACUGGAGAGAAACCUUAUGAAUGUAAGCAAUGUGGAAAGGCUUUUCCACAGAAAAAUUGCCUUGUGAAUCAUGGGAGGAUCCCCACUGGAGAGAAAUCUUAUGAGUGUACCCAGUGUAGAAAGGCUUUUAAACAGAAGUUCUCUUUUACUAAACAUCAGAGAAUCCACACUGGAGAGCAAUCUUAUGAAUGUACCUAG